AUGGAACAAAAAAAUAAGUUAUUCUUUACUAUUAUAAUUGCUACGUUUAUGUUUUCAAGUUGGAAUGCAUUUAACAUAUCUUUGGAUGAAAGUUACAAACUUCGUAAAAAAUUAGAUUUAAGAACAUAUAGAUUACUAGCAAAAUACAUAGAGAAUAGGGAUUCAAAUAAUGUAUUCCUAAAAGAAAAGACGCCAUAUAAUGAAAAAUACGAAAAAAAAGAUCCUUUUGACAAUGAUCAAUUAUCAAGAAGAAAUAUAUAUCAAAUUAAAAGUAUAUCAAAUAAUGCAAAAGUGUAUGGACCAGCUAAGAAAUAUAAAUUUUCUGUAUGCAAAAGAAGAGAUUCAUAUAUUGGAAAAAGAAUACUAGAUCAUAUAUAUUACAAAAAUAAUGUUAGAUAUGCUACAAAUAAUGAUAUUAAAUUUUUAAAAAGGUGCAAAAAAAACAAAAUUUAUUUGUUAUAUGCUUUAUAUAUCUUAUAUGUACCAUUACUAAUGGUAAAUAUUGCUUCAAUAAAUUUUGAGAAAUGGCCCAUUGAAUAUAUAUAUCCAGCAGGCUGGGAGUUACCAGUAAUUAUACUAAGCUAUAUAUUACCCACAUUAUUUUUACUAACGGUUAUUUAUAUCUGCAGUAAGAUUGAAAAGUAUGAUAAAUUGUUAUACAUAAAAAGCAAAAUGAAUAAUAGGAAGUAUUAUCCUUACCCUAAAAUAGGUUUUUAA